UGUUACAUCCCUACAUUGUUCGAAUCGUUGUGAAUGUCCUAUCUUCGUGUUUCCGUAAAUAACAGUAAAACAAACAUUAUUGAUUUAACUAACUAAUUAAUCAAUAAUAUAUAAUCCAGAAACUCCACAAUUUUAAAUAAAUAAACUUAUAUCACUCACUAAAAAUAUUUGUGUACUGCGGCUAUUUUUUAGAUACAAUAAAUAAUUAAGCUUUUCUUUUGCUUGUAAAAGAAAAUGGCUGCGCUUGUGGUACAAUCCCGUUUUGCCGGCCUCAAAAUAGAGGAUGAUGACUACCCUCACCCCCAUCCCCAGUCAUCAUCCGGCGAUAGCCAGAAAACGAAAAAGAAUAAAACGAACACUGCCAAAAAAAUAGAACCUUCGAAAAAAACUAAGAAUAAUGGCAACAAUAAUAAAUCUCAGGGUGCUGCAAAGAAAAAAAAGACGAAGCAAGGACAAGCAUCAGAUAAUCAAUGGGAAAUGUGGAAACAAAAGGAUGAGGAACUUGUUGAUGGUAACUUUGAAUGUGAACUCCAACAGGCAAUACUUUUAUCAAAACUGGAUUAUGAAGAAAAAAAGGAUGUUUAUAAACAAUUGAAGAAAGAAGCAGAUACUGAAAAGAAAAUGAGUGAGAACACUGCACAAAUAAUAAAAAAGCAGAAAAAGAAAAAUGUGAUGAGUCUUGAACAGUUCAAUGAUAUGAUGAACAAUGGGGAUGAAAAUAAAGCUACAACUGAAGAAGAAACAACCACCACAGAUGAGAUUAAGAUUCCUGAUAAGGACACAGAAUUUUUCGAAAGAGUUAAAGAUGAAACGAAGCAUGAGCUAUUGAAAGACAAAAUAAACGAUAGGGUGCGCAACAGCCAAGCGCCAUCUGAUGCAUUCAUCACCAGAGUACAGUUUGCCUACAUGUUAGAAAAGAAAAAUGAGGAAAUAGCAGCAUUGCAAGAGGAGGUGUCUAGUUUAAAGCAGGAACUGCGUACAGUCAAGUCAAGAAAUAAAAAGUUGUGUGGCAUACUUGGGCAGGGUGAAAUGAAAGAUAAGGCAGAAGUGCUAGUGGAGGUGGAAAGGCUGCGGGCGGUGCAGGCCGAGCUCACGGCGGAGAUCGCGACGCUGCACUCCGACCUCGAGAAGGAGCGCUCCAAGAACACAGACCCCAGGAGUAAAGACAAGAAAUAUAAUACAAAAAAGAAAAAUAUACGAUUUGACGUAUCGAGUGAAGCCAUCCCAGUUAAAGAUGCAAGCUCUGCUGUAAAUUAAUUAAAAAUGUAGUAUACUGUAAUUUUUUAACAUAACAUAUAAAACUAAAAAUAAAAAUAGAAAUAUGUGAUUAAUGAACCUUUUAUAUUUUUGUGGAUUAUUAUUUAUAAUUUCGUAAUAUUAAAUCUUCAGAAUACAGUUUACAGAUGUACAGUCACUAAUUAUAAUUAGAUUGGUUUUAGAAAUGAAAAUUAAUGAUUGUUCACUAAGAAAAGUCGAUUUUAAUUUUUAUAGAAUUUAUUUCUCCGCAUUUAAUGCAUGCACUAAAUAAUACUAUAAGCAGCUACUACACAUAAUUUUUCCGUGUCCUACCAAGUCGAAUAUGUGAUAAAUAUAAUUAUUAUUUUGCAAUUAAUUAUAUAAUUAAUAUUUUAAAAAUCCUUAUUCUGUAAAUUGAAUUUUUUUUUAUACUCGUGAUAGAUAACGAUAAAUUUUAUUAGAUUUUUUCGCGAUUGAUUGUACGAUCUCUUUAUUUUUAGUCACAAUCCCCCUUAUUCAUAGACGUUAUUUAUCUAAGGACGGAGCAUUGCUGUGAUAGCAAGUCUGUUUCUUAGUGCUGACGGCAUGGCGGCCUUCGCAGUGCGUAGACAUAAGGCCAUUGUGAUUGGCUAAUAUUGAGAUACAACUUGAAUCUAGUUGGCUGUCAGAUAAACAAAGCUGAACAAACAGCAAGCUGUCAGAUAAACAACGCUGAGAAACAUACGUGUUAUCACAGCAAUGCUAGGUGCAUAGAUAAAUAACGUCUAUGAAUAAGAGUGAAAGAAUUUAUUUUUGUAUAUGACACGACUCAGAAAUCUUAUAGAAAGUGUACCUAUAAUUUUCGCAUCGGUUCGUAUACUUUUCCGUGAUAGUUUAGCUAUAGUGAUUGAUCGCGAAAUAAAUGUUAGUCUGUAGACUUCAUCGGUAAUGUAAUCAUAUUCAUUCCUUUAUUUUGUCGUUUGUAAGGCUAGACGCCUUGUCUAAAUGAUUAUUUUGUAAUUUAACAAAGGCAUACAUGAACACAA